AUGUCUCUUCACUAUUUAAUCACAAACAAUAAUAAGGGCUUGCAAAAAUAGAUUGAGUUUAAAAAUUUUAUUGUGAAAAACUAAUCAUUAAGAAUAAAAAGAGCUUAAAAACCUUUAAUUCGGAACAGUAGAUAAAUUACAUUUGGUUCAACAAAUGAUAAAGAAAUUCCCUAUUUUAAAUUUCCAAGUCUUCCUUAAUAUGAUGUUACUUAUUAGUAAGUAGACAAACACUAAAGAAUAGCGUCAAUUAAAUCAGAUAGACAAUCGCCUAAAUAAUUUAUUUAAGAAAGCACGUCAACACCUAUAAAUAGAAAUGAAACAUAUAAAAGAUAAAGAAAGAGUGUUAAUUUAAAUGAAAUUAAAGUUAGAAUUCCAAAGUUGAAUUUGCAAAUGCCUUUAAAUUAUUUUGAUUUCCAAAUUUAAUAGCCAAUGAGUUUAAAAUAAGUGCAUCAUUUAUUUGACGUUUUGAAGUAAUAUAUUAUUAAUAUUUUAGAGAAAAAUACUAGAUAAAAACAUCAAAAGAAAUAUGA